UGCGGCCGCAGUCUGCACUGCGCGCUCCGUCGCCGCCCAAGGAAAAGGCGCCUGCGGUGGUGGCCCCGUCGCUUGUUUCCGGCCAGCUCGUUCCACGCGUAUGGCACCAUGGGUGAUGCACCGGAGGUCCUAGCCGGACGCCCCACUAAACGCGGCGGUGCGGCCGCUGUGAACGCCGCUAUGACCGCUCUGAGACAGCUCAUCCCAACCGAGCCAAAGGACAGGAGGCUGUCCAAGGUGGAGACCCUCCGGCUGGCUGCGGGCUACAUCGCGCACCUGUCGGCAAGCCGGGUGCAGAGCGAUGGAGGCGCGCCUCGGCCCAACUGCGCGCCCUUCUGUGUCUUCUGCGUGACCGAGCGGCGAUCGGCACGCUGCAGCGCUGAGACGCAGCACCAGGCCAGCGGCCGUCAUCUGUCUGCAUAACCACUGGCGCCAUUGUAGUCCGGGGGCUGCAGUUACGCCGCCCUUGAUUGCUAUC